UGAAACGGUCUGAAAAUGUGAAAUGUUUUCUUUUUUUGUUUUCUUUACUGGUACCGGCCAGGUAAUUAUAUGAAACCUUCCUCGUCAUAGGUGUGGUUAUUUUGUUUUGAAGAGCGCUUAAUAUUCAAAGGCCAAGCAAUUAUUAUUGUCCCAAAACUGCGCUUACAAAAGCUGUAUGUUUAUCAAAGACUCCUCAUUCUUGAUUAAAUCGAGUUGAAACGGCCUGAAAAACGUUUUCUUUUUUCUCUUAUUCGCUCGUGCCGGCCAGGUAAUUACAUGAAGCAUUCCUGGUGAUACGUGCGGUUAUUUUGCUUUUGAAAACGUUGAUGUAAUUUCUGCGCGCGGGAGGCUGGCCUGGCAUGUUGGGGAUGCGUCUCUAGGCAAUUCACAUCACAAACGCUCAUCAUUACCGGAGAGGAAAAUAUCGCUCCCGUUGAGAGGAACGCAUAAUGGCUGGCGCAUCUGUUGAUAUCAAGGAGGCAGGACCCAGUUCUUUGCCAACGGUCCGCUGCCGGAGUGGCUCGCUUCCAUCUCUUAGAUCUGAGAUGGCCUGUCUGACAGUGACUGGGCAGGGCGUCACUGAGUCUCCGCUCAUGAAGAAGAGGGGGAGCACACCUCAUCUCCCAGCGGGAGACGCAGACGCUCCGCAGUCACCAGAAGACGCGUCGGCGAUGGGGGAAGAGUGGCUGAAAUUUCUGGAGCAGGCCAAGCAGACGGCGUCCUGGACUGCCGAGCUGAGGAAGCGCACCACGCAGUGGCAUCGCAUGUUCAACAGCCGCUACCGCCCCAAGCCGCGGGCAGACGACAGCCUCGGCCUCUACGGACAAGCUCUCUGGAGCGGAGCUCGAGAACCGCCGCACGACAACAAACAGCGCGGCCGGCUCUCCAAGACCCCGUCUCCCUCCAAAUCUUACGAGCAGCCGACGCACAAGAAGUCGCGGGAGGCUACCUCGACAAGACAGACGUCCCCGUGCCACGAUCACGGCAAGCGGGGAAGAGAUCCGAAGAAGUCCCCGGGUUCUUCUCAGCGCGACUCGAAGCCUACGCCCAAGAAGAGCCGAGCGUUCGCAACAAGUCCGAGUCGCAGCCUCGAGGUGAAGGGAUCGCCUCUGCCUUUGCCUGUGAAGAGAAGCCAGAGUCAUACCGGGGAGGGGAGCGGCGUGCCGGUGGUGGUUGUAGAGCCGGCACCGGCAGAGCUUCGGAUGGACGACACCGAGAAGUCCUCCUACAAGAAAGACAAAAAAUCUAAGGAAGAAUAGAUACAAAGCCGCGCAUCUUGGAAAGCUGUUCAUAGAUGUUUUUGUUUGUUUGGAUCAUAUUAUGUACAUGUAUGUACAUUGCAAGGUGACAAUACAUCUAUAAAGGUACUGUAUGUUUGUGAAAAGUGGUCGUGUUAUUUGCCACGGAAUACGUUUUAGGUGCCGUAACGUUAACGUUGUUUGACCAAACCUGGCAGGGUUAAGAUCAAUUACAGAACUAUCAAUUCGGUUUCUCUUUUAAAACCAAGAAGUGAUUAUAGUUGUCAGAACUUUUUUUUUUUUGCAACUGAAAUUUUUGUCCAUGCGCGUUCUUGAGACGCGAUGAUUUGUUUAUAGAACGGUUAGAAAUCUGUAAGCAACGUAGGCCUGUCACUUCAACUAAAAGGCGUACAAAUAUAGCUCAUUGCGAGAUUUAAGUGAAUUUGAUGGAAAAACUGAAAAUAAUGCAACGUAUGUGACUACCGAAAAAAGCGUAAGUCAAAUUCAUCUAAGUGUGAAAUCGUGUGGAUAUUCCAGAAUUACGCACUUAAUUAUCUGAAAACUGGAGAAUGAUGUAGAAUGAUACGUCGAUGAAGGUUAGACAUCCAGGUAAUACGAUACGCCAAAAAGUAGUUACUCAAGCAACUGGAUAUAAUU